AUCGUCACUUGCUGCCAAUUUUGACAGGCCAUCACGGCGCAUUUCCUGUUCAUAAUGGCAAGCAGGGAGCUUUCGCGCAGUUUGCGGAGGGCGGUAGACGUCGUGGGAAGCCGGCAAAGGCCCCAAUGCCAAUGGACCAUACGACACGCUCAAUGGAGCCUCCAAACUCAACCCCGAAUAUCACGAUGCAUCUCCACCACGGCACCGCGAUGUGCAGAAGUUACCGAGGAAGAGCUACGGGAACCUUUUACUGCGGCACCGGCGUUUGAUUUUGCCGCAAAAGAUGAAGGUGGCGUAGACGAGAAGAAGAACUUACUGCGAACGCUGCGCGUAGUCCCAGCAUCACCGUCGUAUUUCAGCGCAAAGCCUACCUUCACCGACGACUUCCUCUCGCUAUCCGCCCUACUGCGCAAAGUCGCUACACUGCCCAUAAUAUCGUCUACAGAGGCACCCAAGGUGGCGUGGAAGACGAUUGAGCAGUACCGCAUCAUGACCAACGAGCCGGUCAAGACGGCGCGUUACCACAGGAUGCUGCAGAUACUCCGGAGGCUGAACCGUAUACACCCCCAGCUCAUGCCAGAAGAGGUGGUGCAAGCCAUGCUGCGGUACAAGAAGCCAAACCAGCCUGGCGACAUCAAGCCAAAGCCUGGUGUAAUUGAUGAGCUUGGGCGCGCCAAGGGUGUUGGGCGGAGGAAGACGUCGUCUGCUGUAGCUUGGCUGGUGGAGGGGGAGGGAGAGGCGCUUGUUAAUGGAAAAUCCCUCUCUCAGUUCUUCGGACGACUCCACCAUCGGGAGAGCGCUGUGUGGGCACUCAAGGCUACUCAGCGGCUUGACAAGUACAACGUCUUUGCACUGGUGCAAGGCGGCGGUCUGACUGGUCAGGCAGAAGCAAUGACUUUAGCAGUGGCUAAAGCAUUGCUGGUCCAUGAACCAGCGCUGAAGCCCGCGCUACGAAGAGCUGGAACCAUCACUCGUGACCCAAGGAAGGUGGAGAGAAAGAAGCCAGGCCACGUCAAAGCGCGCAAGAUGCCUACCUGGGUCAAGCGAUGAGAGACUGGUUGUCUGUACCUUGUACUUGUAUGGCUGGCCGUUGGCCGAUGAGCAUAGGCGAAUCUAUCAACACAGUUUUACAGAAGCA